AUGGCAGCGCCGAGCAGCAGGUCGGAGCCGCAGCAGCUCGCCGAGUACAGCUGCAGCUACGUGGUGUCGCGGCCAGUGUACAGCGAGCUCGCCUUCCAGCAUCAGCGCGAGCGGCGCCUGCAGGAGCGCAGGACGCUGCGGGACAGCCUGGCGCGGAGCUGCAGUUGCUCAAGAAAGAGAGUCUUUGGUAUACUGAAGACUCUCCUGCCCAUAUUGGACUGGCUCCCCAAAUACAGAGUCAAGGAAUGGUUGCUGAGUGACAUCAUCUCUGGAGUUAGCACUGGGCUAGUGGGUACCCUGCAAGGGAUGGCUUAUGCUCUGCUGGCUGCAGUUCCUGUUGAAUAUGGUCUCUACUCUGCCUUUUUUCCUAUCCUGACGUAUUUUGUCUUUGGGACAUCAAGACACAUCUCAGUUGGACCUUUCCCCGUGGUCAGUUUAAUGGUGGGAUCUGUUGUUCUGAGCAUGGCUCCAGAUGACCACUUUCUUGUGCCCAGUGGUAAUGGAAGUGCAUCAAACAUGACCACGUUAGACACCGGAACCAGAGAUGCGGCCAGAGUACUAAUUGCAAGCACCCUCACUCUUCUAGUAGGAAUCAUACAGCUGAUAUUUGGAGGUCUGCAGAUUGGAUUCAUAGUGAGGUACUUGGCAGACCCUUUGGUUGGCGGAUUCACAACAGCUGCUGCCUUUCAAGUGCUGGUCUCACAGCUAAAGAUCGUGCUCAAUGUUUCAACCAAAAACUACAAUGGCAUCCUCUCCAUUAUCUAUACACUCAUUGAGAUUUUUCAAAAUAUCAGUGACACCAACAUUGCAGAUUUCAUUGCUGGGUUACUCACCAUCAUCAUCUGUAUGGCUGUUAAGGAAUUAAAUGAUCGAUUUAAGCACAAAAUCCCAGUCCCUAUUCCUAUAGAAGUGAUCGUGACAAUAAUUGCCACUGCCAUUUCCUACGGGGCCAACUUGGAAAAAAAUUACAAUGCUGGCAUUGUUAAGUCCAUCCCAAGUGGGUUCUUGCCUCCUGCACUUCCGUCUGUGGGCCUGUUUUCUGACAUGCUGGCUGCAUCCUUUUCCAUUGCUGUGGUGGCUUAUGCUAUUGCUGUGUCUGUAGGAAAAGUCUAUGCCACCAAGCAUGACUAUCUCAUCGAUGGAAACCAGGAAUUCAUUGCCUUUGGGAUAAGCAACGUCUUCUCUGGAUUCUUCUCCUGUUUUGUGGCGACCACUGCUCUGUCUCGAACUGCUGUCCAGGAGAGCACUGGGGGAAAGACACAGGUUGCUGGCAUCAUCUCAGCUGGGAUUGUAAUGAUUGCCAUUGUUGCCCUAGGGAAGCUUCUGGAACCCUUGCAGAAGUCAGUCCUGGCAGCUGUCGUCAUUGCCAAUCUGAAAGGGAUGUUCAUGCAGGUGUGUGAUGUUCCUUGUCUGUGGAAGCAGAAUAAGACUGAUGCCGUUAUCUGGGUGUUUACAUGCAUAAUGUCCAUCAUUCUGGGGCUGGACUUGGGUUUGCUAGCUGGCCUUUUAUUUGGACUACUGACUGUCGUCCUGAGAGUUCAGUUCCCAUCAUGGACCGGCCUUGGAAGUGUCCCCAGCACAGACAUCUAUAAAAGUAUCACACAUUAUAAAAAUCUUGAAGAGCCUGAAGGAGUGAAGAUUCUGAGAUUUUCUAGUCCUAUUUUUUAUGGCAAUGUUGAUGGUUUUAAAAAAUGUGUCAAGUCCACAGUUGGAUUUGAUGCCAUUAGAGUUUAUAAUAAAAGGCUGAAAGCACUGAGGAGAAUACAGAAACUCAUCAAAAAAGGACAAUUAAGGGCAACAAAGAACGGGAUCAUAAGUGAUGUUGGUUCAUCAAAUAAUGCUUUUGAACCUGAUGAAGAUGUUGAAGAGCCAGAGGAACUUGAUAUUCCAACCAAAGAAAUUGAGAUUCAAGUGGACUGGAACUCUGAACUCCCGGUUAAAGUGAAUGUCCCAAAAGUGCCAAUCCACAGCCUGGUGCUGGAUUGUGGAGCCGUGUCCUUCCUGGAUGUGGUAGGAGUGAGGUCAUUGCGAAUGAUUGUCAAAGAAUUUCAGAGAAUUGAUGUGAAUGUGUACUUUGCUUUGCUUCAAGACGAUGUGCUAGAGAAGAUGGAGCAGUGUGGGUUCUUUGAUGACAACAUUAGAAAGGACAGAUUCUUUCUGACGGUUCAUGAUGCUAUACUCUAUCUGAAGAACCAGGUUAAAUCCAGGGAGGGCCAGGAUUCUCUUCUAGAGACGAUCACCCUCAUUCAAGACUGUAAAGAUUCUCUUGAACUGAUGGAAACAGAGAAGAAUGAGGAAGAACUUGAUGUUCAGGAUGAGGCCAUGCGUAGACUUGCUUCCUGAGAGUGGGUUCAGGGGUCACUGUCAGCAAGGACUCCUAGACAGACAUGGCCAUCAGGUCAUUCUCUGCAAGUGUUCUCUGCACUGAUUAUUUCUUCGUACUUAAACAGCCAUCCUUUUACUGCUAUGUUAGAAAUAUUUACAUUUUUAGCUGGGCCGUGGUGGCGCACGCCUUUAAUCCCAGCACUUGGGAGGUAGAGGUAGGUGGAUCUCAGUGAGUUCAAGGCCAGCCUGAUCUACAAAGUGAGUUCCAGGACAGCCAGGACUGUUACACAAAGAAAACCUGUCUUGAAAAACAAAACAAAACAAAACAAAACAAAACAAAAACAAUUCACAUUUUUAAACUUCUUAGGUAUUACACAAGAAACACUUGCCAUUUCUAUGUCUUAAUGUAGAAAAUAAGCAGCUUAGCUCUAAAAUAUCCAAAACCAUGAGAAUUAUCCCUGAAAAUCAGCAAUGUCCGGUUACUGUGCUCAGUGCUGCUAACACCAAAACAGGUUUGUUGUCUGUGCCCACAGGGUAGGCUCUAUCCCUGUUAAGUUGCAGUAAGUGUUGAUGCAACACAGACUUUAUGGGCAAGUGAGUCAGGAAGGACUAAUCAAAAAGAAAGAUGAUUCCCUGAUUGACCCUGAAAUCCAUGUGUUGUGUUGAUUGCAGUGAGAAAGGUAAAAUAGAAUUACUAAUGCACUCAUUAAUGAGCUUAAAAAAAUAAAACCAAUCUCUGAAACAUAAUUUUGUUUAGAUUUAUUUUGUGUAUGAGUGUCUUGUUCUUAUGUGUACCAUGUAUGUGCCUGGUGCCCAAGAGGUUAGAAAAGAGUAUCAGAUAGCCUGUGUGUGGAGUUAUAGAUGGUUGUGAGCUGCUGUAUAGGUCCUGGGAACUGAAUCCAGGUUCUCUGCAAGAGCAACAAGUGGUCUUAACCACUGAGCCAUCUCUCUAUUCCCUAUAAUCUCUAUUUUAAAAAUGCAGCUUUAGCUUAUCUUUUUGUGUAUAAGUGCUCCCUGUAGAAGGGCAGAUAAGCUCUCUUCUACUUAAGGUCUGACAUGAGAGCCAGGCAUGGUGGUGCACAUCUACCAUCCUAGGCCUUGCGAGGCUGGGGCAAAAGGAGCAAGAGCUCAUGGUCUAUUGCGCUGCAUAGUGAGACCACAUUUUAAAAAAUCUAACAUGAAGACAAUUUUGACCAAACCCUUUUUUUUUAUAGAAGACCACGGUGAUGAGGACAAGUUUUUCUCUACUAUUCAGUAGUACUCAGAGGAAACAGUCAUAAAUGGAAUUCUAACCACUUUAAAAACAAUCCAAGGCAGAGUGGUGGUGGCACACACCUUUAGUCCUAGCACUUGGCAGGCAGAUCUCUCUAAGUUUGAGGCCAGCCUCAUCUUCAGAGCAAAUUCCAGGACAGGCUCCAAAGCUACACAGAGAAACCCUGUCUCGAAAAAACAAAAAAACAAAACAAAACAACCCCCCCAAAAACCCAAAAAACUAAAAAGUAAAUUAUCUAUAGUAAUCUAUAUUUAAAGUGAGCUUUUAAAUACAAAGUAUU